CUCUGCCCGCUCACUCGUAUUUAUAUAGUUGGAAUCUCUCUCUCUCUCUCGCUACUCCUCUGCCCUUUUCAUUUUGUUUUUUCACCUUCAUAGUCCUCAUCACCUUCCUCCAAAAUCCUAAUCGCUCCAUUUGUUCUUCGUCUGUCGAGAAAAAACAACAAAAAAAGCUUCCCAGAAAUAUCAGGAGAAUCCGAUCAAAACUUCAUUAGAUUUUGUUAGAUUAGCCACCGACGAGUCUGAUGAAGUUGUUGUUCUAAAAUCACAGGGAAGCAAGUGGGGUAGGUGAAAAUUUGGUAAAAUAUGGAAGAAGCACAAGUGAUUCCCGAAACCCCGAUGAAGGUUGCUGAUGAUGCCGAGACUACAGAUGCCGAAGCGAUCAAGGUAUCGAAUGGGGAAGUGCCUCCGGUUGAAAAAGAAAGGAGGAAUGAAGAGGAGGAAGCAACCUUUGAUGGAGAGUUCAUAAAAGUUGAGAGAGAAUCGAUAGAUGUGAAGGAUGGUUCUCAUGCUGCUGAAACAGCGUUGGUGGAGGACGACAAGCCAUCUGUUAUUGAGAGAAGCUCGAGCAGUUCGAGCAGAGAAUUGCUAGAAGCGCGGGAGAAGUUGAGUGACCUUGAGGUUGAAGUCGAAAGGUUGGCUGGUGCAUUGAAGCAUUCCGAAUCAGAGAACUCUGAGCUGAAGCAUGAGGUCUUGCUUACGAAGGAGAAGCUGGGAGAAAGCGGAAAGAAGUAUGAAGAGCUCGAACUCACUCAUAAGAAAUUGCAAGAGCAAAUCACUGAAGCCGAGGAGAAAUACAGUUCGCAGCUCAAUGUUUUGCAAGAGGCAUUGCAAGCUCAAGAAGAAAAGCACAAGGAUCUGAUCGGGGUGAAGGAAUCGUUUGAUGGUCUCAAUCUUGAGCUUGAAAGCUCGAGAAAGAGGAUGCAGGAAUUGGAGCAAGAGCUGCAGAGUUCUGCCUGCGAGGUGCAAAAGUUUGAGGACCUGCACAAGCAAAGUGGUUCACAUGCUGAAUCUGAGACAAAGAGGGCCUUGGAGUUCGAGAAAGUGCUCGAAGCAACAAAGUUGAGUGCGAAAGAGAUGGAAGAUCAGAUGGCUUCGAUACAAGGAGAACUCAAGGGCCUGUAUGAAAAGAUUGCCGAAGAUGAAAAAGUCAAAGAAGCACUCAGUUCUACCGCUGCCGAGCUUUCUGCUGUCCAAGAAGAGCUGGCUCUAUCAAAGUCUCAAGGCGUGGACCUGGAGGAGAAACUCUCGGCUAAGGAAGCUCUGAUAAAUGAACUGACUGAGGAAUUGAGCCUGAAAAAGGCCUCGGAAUCUCAAGUGAAGGAAGAUAUUUCCGCUCUUGAAAAUCUGUUUGCCUCAACUAAAGAAGAUCUUCAAGCAAAGGUUUCUGAAUUGGAAGAAAUCAAGUUGAAGCUACAGGAGGAAUGGAGUGCCAAGGAAUUAGUUGAAGCCGCACGAAAAACUCAAGAAGAACGGGCCGUAGCUGCACAGGAGAAUUUGGCAAUAGUAACCAAAGAAAAAGAAGCUCUGGAAGCAGCUGUGGCAGAUCUCACCGGUAAUGUGCAGCUGAUGAAGGAGCUGUGCAGUGAUCUCGAAGAAAAAUUGAAGCUUUCGGAAGAGAACUUCGGUAAAAAAGAUGAUCUUUUGUCUCAAUCUUUGUCAAACAAUGCCGAGCUUGAACAGAAGUUGAAGUCGCUGGAAGAGCUCCAUAAGGAAUCAGAAACUGCUUUUGCAACUGCUACUGAAAAGAAUCUUGAACUUGAAGCAAUUAUUCAAGCUUCAAAUGCAGCAGCGGAGGAGGCAAAAUUGCAACUGAGAGAGCUCGAGACGCGCUUUAUAGCUGUAGAACAAAAGAACGUAGAGCUUGAGCAACAGUUAAAUGCGGUAGAGCUGAACCGAGGAAUUGCUGAGAGUGGUCUGGAAGAAUUCUCUCAAAAAAUAUCUGCACUCAAUACUACAUUGAGCGAGGUCGAGGAAGAAAAGAAACAGCUGACCGGUCAGGUGCAAGAAUACCAAGAGAAGAUAGGCCAGCUGGAAUCUGAGUUAAACCAGACAACUUUGCAAUAUUCAGAGCUUCAGGAGGAACUGAAGACUGCCUCCGAGAAAUGUGCUGAACAUGAGGGCCGGGCCAGUGAACACCAUCAGCGAAGCCUCGAACUUGAAGAUUUGGUCCAAAUUUCUCAUACCAAAGUGGAGGAUACUGGUAAAAAGGUGAGCGAGCUGGAGUUAAUGCUUGAAACAGAGAAGUACAGAAUUCAAGAACUCGAGGAACAAAUAACUGCGUUGGAAAAGAAAUGUCAGGAUGCAGAAGCAGAUUCUAAGAAUUAUUCUAACAAGGUAUCUGAACUUGCCUCUGAACUCGAGGCAUUCCAAGAAAGAACAUCUAGCCUUGAAGUUGCACUGCAAGCGGCCAACGAAAAGGAAAGGGAGUUGUUUGAAGCCUUGAAUGUUGCCACAGAAGAGAAGAAAAGGUUAGAGGAUGCAUCGAGUAGUUUUACUGAGAAGUUUUCCGAAUCAGAAAACUUGGUGGAGGUCUUGAGAGAUGAAUUGAAGAUGACUCAAGAGAAAUUGGAAAGCAUUGAAAAUGAUCUUAAUGCUGCUGGAAUCAGAGAAGGCGAGGUCACAGCGAAACUCAAAUCUGCCGAGGAGCAACUGGAGCAACAAGGCAAAGUAAUAGAGGAAACAGCGUCGAAGAACUCAGAACUUCAAGCGCUACAUGAAACCCUAGUGAGGGAUUCAGAGAUCAAACUUCAAGAAGCAUUAGGGAGCUUCACUAACAGGGAUGCUGAGGCAAAUUCUCUGCUUGAGAAACUAAAGGUUCUUGAAGAUCAGGUGAAGGUUUAUGAAGAGCAUCUUGCUGAAGCAGAGCGGAAAUCUGCAUCGUUGAAAGAAGAGCUGGACAACAGCUUGGCUAAAUUUGCAUCUUCAGAAAGUACAAAUGAAGAACUCAGAAAACAGAUCUUGGAAGCAGAAAACAAAGCUUCUCAGACCCUCUCAGAAAACGAAAUGCUAGUUGAGACGAAUGUUCAGCUGAAAUGCAAGAUUGAUGAAUUGCAGGAAUCUUUGAAUGCUGCUCUAUCUGAAACUGAAGUCACUACAAGAGAACUUGUUUCGCACAAGAGCACUGUUGAAGAAUUAACAGAUAAGCACUCGAGAGCCUUAGACCUUCAUUCUGCUUCCGAAGCCCGCAUUGUGGAAGCAGAGACGAAAUUGCAAGAAGCCAUUGGAAGAUUCAGUCAGAGAGAUUUGGAAGCUAAUGAAUUGCUCGAGAAGCUAAAUGCCCUACAAGGCCAAGUAAAAUUGUAUGAAGAGCAAGUUCGAGAAACAUCUGCGGUUUCUGAAACCAGAAAUGCGGAGCUGGAAGAGAGUCUAUCAAAGCUGAAGAAUCUGGAGAAUAUUGUUGAGGAACUGCAAACCAAGUCAGCUCACUUUGAAGAGGAGAGCGGAAAACUAGCUGAGGCAAAUAUAAAGCUUACAGAGGAUGUGUCUACAUACGAGUCCAAACUAAGUGACCUUGAAGCAAAAUAUUCUACUGCAGUUGUUGAGAAGGACGAAACAGUUGAACAACUUCAGGCUGCAAAAAGGACCAUUGAAGAUUUAAUGCAGCAGCAUUCUUCUGAAGGGCAGAAACUACAAUCUCAGAUAUCUUCGGUUAUGGAUGAGAACAGCCUGCUUAAUCAAGUGCAUCAAAAUACUAAGAAGGAACUCCAGCAAGUGAUAUCCGAGCUUGAAGAACAGCUCAAAGAACAAAAAGCAGGAGAAGCUGCUUUAAAAUCUGAGAUUGAAAAUCUCAAGGCUGAGGUUGCUGAGAAGCCUUUGUUGCAGAAUUCUCUCAAGGAACUCGAAGAGAAAUUGGUGAAAACUGAAGCUCAACUGCAAAAAGAGGUUGAAAGCAUUAAGGCGGCUGCGGCCGAAAGAGAGGCAGAGUUGACUUCAAAGUUGGAGGAUCACGCGCAUAAGGUCCAUGACAGAGAUUUAUUGAAUGAACAAGUCACAAAACUCCAUAGCGAGUUACAACUUGCUCAUGCCACUGUUGCUGAAAAGAAAGAAGCAGAUUCUCAAAAGGACCUGGAACGAGAAGCAUCGUUGAAGCGUUCCCUUGAAGAACUUGAAGCUAAGAAUAAAGAAAUCGCACUUCUAGAUAAGCAAGUCAAGGAGCUCGAGCAAAAACUGCAGCUGGCAGAUACCAAAGUAACAGAAAGGAUCAUGUUGCAGGGUGAUGGAGGCAGUGUAGCCGGACUGGAAGUGAAAUCCAGGGACAUUGGAUCAACCGUUUCAACUCCAUCGAAAAGGAAGAGCAAGAAGAAGUCAGAAGCAACACCUGUUCAAACCUCAUCAUCUUCAGAUAUCCAUACACAUACUGCCGAGGCUUCCCCAAUGAUGAGCGUUAAGUUCAUCGUGGGAGUGGCUGUGGUUUCUGCGAUCAUCGGCAUCAUUCUUGGGAAACAGUACUAGAUUACAUAUUUAUGUUUUUGGGUUUGACCGUCAGGUUUUGGUUGAUUACUUCGUUAAUUGUUUCGCUUGUUAUUAAUUUUGCACAGGAAGAUUGAAGGCCUUGUUUUUAUGCUUUCAAGCUUGGUUUUUUGAGAGGUUGUUGGUCAGGGAAUUUAUUUUAGUUCCUAUCCCCUUGGCAGUUUGCAAAGCAAAACACAGAUGAUUCAUGUGUUAUUUAAGUUGUAUUUAGUUUUUAUACUGGGUUGCAGGUGCUUUCGGAUAUAUAAGAAUUUGUGCGUUUGUUACUAUGAAAAGGAGAGGACGAUCUCGGUUGUUUGUGA